CCCUCUCUCUUACGUCACUUAAAAGUGCUCAUCCACAGCAGCCAUGGAUAAAUACUGGAGGCGGUUGGCGUGUGAAUUUGCUAUGGUUUCUGUAAGCUUUUUGAAGUCUUCUUUCACCGGAUUUUGAAACUUGGCCUCGUCGGAGCUGUACCGGAGCUAGUAGCUAGUGUUUUCUUCAGGCGCCGUGUAUUUGUAGGUUUUAAAUGGCUAUAACUACCUCUUCUGAGGUUGAAUCUCCUAGGAGGAGGUCUGGACUAUUAAGAGAUCAAGUGCAGUUGGUUAAAAGGAAGGAUUCUGAUCGUUUUGAGAUUGUUCCAAUUCAAGAUACUCUUUCAUUUGAGAAAGGAUUCUUUAUAGUAAUUCGAGCUUGCCAGUUGUUGGCUCAGAAGAAUGCCGGGAUAAUUCUUGUUGGAGCUGCUGGACCAUCUGGUGCAGGGAAAUCUGUGUUUACUGAUAAGAUUUCAAACUUUCUUCCCAGCAUUGCAGUCAUAUCAAUGGACAAUUACAACGAUGCUAGCCGCAUUGUUGAUGGAAACUUUGAUGAUCCACGUUUGACCGAUUAUGACACAUUGCUUGAGAAUAUUCAUGGUUUAAAGGAAGGAAAGCCUGUUCAAGUUCCUAUAUAUGAUUUUAAGUCCAGCUCUCGCAUUGGUUACAGGACAAUUGAAGUUCCUAGCUCUCGCAUUGUGAUCAUUGAAGGUAUUUAUGCCUUGAGUGAGAAACUACGGCCACUGCUUGAUCUCCGAGUCUCCAUUACUGGUGGAGUACACUUCGACCUUGUCAAGCGUGUUUUAAGGGACAUCCAACGUGCUGGCCAAGAGCCUGAAGCAAUUAUCCAUCAGAUCUCUGAAACGGUUUAUCCAAUGUACAAAGCUUUCAUCGAGCCGGACCUACAAACAGCACAUAUAAAAAUUAUUAACAAGUUCAACCCAUUCAGUGGAUUUCAGAAUCCAACAUAUAUUUUGAAGUCAACAAGGAACAUCACUGUCGAGCAGAUACGGGAAGUCCUUUCUGAUCAGCAAAAGGAAAGUACAGAAGAAACCUAUGAUAUAUAUCUUCUACCACCAGGUGAAGAUCCGGAAGCAUGCCAAUCAUAUCUAAGGAUGAGAAACAAGAAUGGGAAAUACAAUCUUAUGUUUGAGGAAUGGGUUACAGAUAUUCCGUUCAUUAUAUCACCAAGGAUAACUUUUGAAGUGACUGUUCGUCUUCUUGGAGGACUAAUGGCUUUGGGUUAUACCAUUGCAACUAUCUUGAAAAGAAGCAGCCAGGUGUUUUCAGAUGACAAAGUAUGCGUGAAGAUUGAUUGGCUGGAACAAGUUAACAGAAAGUAUGUCCAGGUACAAGGAAGAGAUCGGCUGUACGUCAAGUUUAUUGCUGAUCAACUAGGUUUAGAUGGUUCGUAUAUUCCUCGAACAUAUAUUGAACAAAUUCAAUUGGAGAAGCUCAUAAAUGAUGUUAUGGCGUUACCGGAGGAUCUGAAGACCAAGCUUAGCAUAGAUGACGAUAUGGUAUCAAGCCCUAAAGAAGCGCUCUCCCGUGCUUCUACAGACAGAAGAACUAAGUAUCUUAAUCGUGGUAUGUCACACUCGUUUUCAACACGAGACAAGAACCUCUCUAGGCUAACUAAGCUCGCUGUUAAUACUAGAGGAUAUGAUGGAAGAGGACCUGAUUCACCGGCAUCACAUGCAAAUCAGGGAGUGAUUACCCAACUGUCGGAGCAGAUCUCAACACUGAACGAGAGAAUUGAUGAAUUUACAUCACGGAUAGAAGAACUGAAUUCCAAGCUUUGCAACAAGAAAGUAGUGUCUUCUGCUGCAAGCCAUCAAAAUUUAGCUUUGCAAGCUGAAGUUGGUUGUUGUAAUAAUGGUGUUGUCCCCUCUCGUUCAUCUUCUUCUCUCUUUAUGAAUACCUUAAGCAACGGUCUACCCCAUUCUUCAUCGUCUCCUCAGUUAAUCAAGGAGUCUCUCAUGGAAGAGGUAGUUCUUAUAGGGAGGGGACAAAAUCAAAUAAUGCAUCAAAUCGAUAAUCUGAGCAAGCUUCUACACGAGUCAUUGGGAGGAGGAAGGUCUCGGCAAGAGAAAGGAGCAACAAAGAGAAAUGAAGAUACGAAUACAGUUGUAGUUGGAGUUGGCCUGUCCAUGCUCUUGUCCUUUGCAAUUGGAGGUAUUGGUAUCUACUUAUUCAGGUCUCACUCAACUCAAAAUUAACAUUCCUUUCUUUGUUUCUAGAAGAUAGAUAGAUUCAGGUCAAACAUGUUCAAGACUUUGUUAUUAUAUAUAUAAUAUGCUAAUAAUAACUGUGUUAUGCUUAUUAUUUUUGUUA